AUGUCGUCCAGGUCGCCCACAGCCAUCACUCCAGGUCCAAAAUCAUCUGCGCCUGAUACCCCCGUCGUCAGAGAUGCGCCCACAACACCACAGGCCGUCCCUUUCCCUCCGCCGCAGACAUUCGACUUCAUCCCGCCAUUACAUGGCCUGAUCCUCCGACUCCUUUCUCCCCAGACAAGCGGCGAAGGGGCAACCAAUGCCCAAGGAGCUGGCGGCAACGACGAAUCUGGGCCCGGCCAGGGACAGUCUCAACCCCAGCCAACUUCAGGUGUCGGCAAUGAUAGCAGCACUGCUGAAUUGCUAGGAGCUGUCUCGUCCUCAGCGCCCGGUCCCACAUCUGCUGCUGCUGAUAUAGCGGCUUUGGGGUCGAAUCUGUCUCCACCCCUGGACAUCAAGAAUCUUCCCAAGGAGGUCAGCUCGAUCAAGAUUCGGAUACAAAAAGCACAGGCAGUUGUGGAGAACCUCCCUGAUGUAGACCGCACGGUCACCGAGCAGGAGAUGGAGAUACAAGAACUCGAAGACAGGAUCUUGAGGCUCAAAUCGGUCAUUUCGGACUUUGGAAGAAGGGCGAACAAUGCAAUUGCGGGGAAACCCAAGCCUUCCGGCUCGUGA